UUGGUGUGUCAGCCAGAUGUCGGACAGAACCGCCCAUUGUACCAGUAAACCAUACAGAAUAAAACCAUUAUUGGACAUUAGAUCAUUGAACUCAUCCUCCACACUUUCACACACAACAUACAACUUUAAAAAGUCGUAACAUUACAACACGCCAUGAAUAAACAUCAUUCGGUACUACCCUUAAUCAAUGGCUGUGAUACCUGGUCAUGAAACAUUGUAAUACACGAAUAAGAGGGUGCAUCUGAUUGGCUGAUUUUAAAUACGUUAGCCUAGAUGUACGGCUGAAUUAUCAGUGCAGGUUCCUGACACCAAAACACGCGGUCAUGUUUCUGUCGUAAAAGGACCAUAUUCUUAUUUGCCAAAAAAGCAUGGAGAACGAGACAAAGAUCUGUAAUGUUGAUCACAGAUACGAACCAUUGAUCAUAAAAGGGAGUGUAAUGACAGAGAAAGCAUCCAUAUUACCGGAUGGAGAAGAGGAAACUCAGAACGAGGCAACAAAAGACCCGGAUGUUCCGCCAUUGCGUUACAAUGUCAGAGAACACCCGCCAUUUGGAUUGUCAUUAAUUCUAGCUGUGCAGAAUGUGAUGUUAUCGUUUGGAUUGAACCUUCUCGUUAGUAUGACGAUCGCGGACCUCGCAUGCGCAGACAGGAACGAUCCAAUCAGAGCCAAGCUUUUCUGUACAUCUGUAUUUGUGGUAGGACUGACGACGGUAGUGCAGAGCGCUUUGGGAAUAAGACUUCCCAUCCUUCAAGGUGUUUCCGGUGCGUUCCUGGCACCCCUUAUGUCCAUGAAGACGGCCGGAGUAUGGACGUGUGACACCACAGACAACAUAGAUUUAGUUACGAUGUCAACUAAUCAGACUGUGGUUCAGAAUGUUACCAUGGCGACAAAUCAGGAUAUGGUUUACUUCCGGGUUACGCAGCUACAAGGAAGUUUGAUGGUUUCCGGUGUUAUAACGGAAGUGUUCCUUGGCGCGACUGGCCUUCUGGGAUACGUGGUGAACCUAGUGGGCCCCAUCACAGUUUGUGUAACGAUAUCGUCGAUCGCCCUAUCUUUGUACCAGAUACCUAUAACCUACUGUAGCACGUACCUUCCGGUCGCUCUCUGCUGCGCGCUGAUAAUGAUUCUUUGUAUUAUGUACCUCUCACGAAUAUUCGUCACCAUACCCACAAUGCAAUGCGACAGGAAGAAGAAGACCGAUGUUUCCGAGUCGUCAAAAAGUACAAAAUUACCAUUUUUUGAGAUAUUUCCGAUUUUCAUUUCAGUGAUACUUAUGUGGGCGGUAUGUGGGAUCCUGACCUUGACAGGUGUGUUACCUGAUGACCCCAGUGACCCCGCCUAUCGUGCCCGGACAGACACGCGCGGAGAUCUGAUAUCCCUGUCACCAUGGUUCUUCUUCCCAUACCCAGGUCAGUUUGGUCCUAUACGAUUCAACACAGCGGUCUUCAUCGGAUUUAUCAGUUCAUACCUAGCCUCAAACGUAGAGUCCAUCGGGGAUUACAUGAUCAUCUCCCGGGCCACGGGGACCUUCCCCCCACCCCGUCACGCUGUCAACCGUGGGAUACUGACGGAGGGCAUCAUGGGGGUGGUGGCGGGAGCCCUGGGGGCCGGGCACGCUACUACGUCAUAUACUGAUAACGUCGUUAUCAUCAAACUCACACAGGUAGCUAGUCGGAGUGUAAUGAUUUUAGCAGGAAUCAUUUGCAUGCUCUUCGGAGUUAUCGGUAAAUUCGGCGCUGUGAUGGCGUCACUUCCGGAUCCGGUGAUGGGUGGUGUGACCGUAGUCACCUUCGGCCUUCUGUUAGCCAUAGGAUUAUCUUCGCUACAGAGGAUUAAUCUAUCGUCUACUCGGAAUCUCGCAGUACUGGGCACAUCGUUAUACGUUGGCUUGACCACUUCCGAAUGGUUGAAACUCAAUAGUGACACCAUUAAUACGGGUAACGCCUCCCUAGACCAGGUACUCAGACUCCUCCUCGGGACACAGAUGUUUGUGGCGGGACUAACCUCCAUCAUUCUGGACAACACUGUUAAAGGAUCAAGGAAGGAGAGAGGUAUGGAUGAUAUGCCAUCAUUCAAACCCGGAAGCGGAAGUCAGAUAGAUAAACACAAAUCAGUGUACGAUGUACCAUUGGUAUCAAAAUUACAACAGAAAAUCCGGAUUUUUCGCCACAUUCCGUUUCUUCAACCUUACAGUCCUCACCGACAGACCAGCGAUAACCCAACGUGAAACAAUCAAACAUGAAUGUGAAUAUAUUACGUUGUACUUAUGAGCACUGUGUUUGUGUGAAUACUUGAAAUGUACGCGGAAGAUUAAAUGUAUAACCGGCUAUAAGAUAUUUUUGUUUGUGUAGAUGUAAUGGGUGUGUGUAUGAAUAUAUAGAGUACAACGCUGAAGAAAGGAAAAUAGGUACCCUUAAUUAUCCGGACGUGACGUAACCUAUCAUGAAUGACUCGCUGGUUUAUACAUACAAACUGAACUGUAGAUUGUGUAUCCUGUUGUUUCGUUAAUUUGAACAUAUAACAAAUGUGUCAUACACAUUCAAAUAUCUGUCAUUAGAUUCACAAUGUACCAUUUAAAAGGCCUAAAUACAAAUAACAUGUUGUCCGCACUUUGUUUUGUUGAUCUAGCUUUCUCUGUUUUUUUUUUUAACUGGUCAAAAUAAUUGAACACUCGACAAACUAUAACUACCCGGUGAUAUGACUUAUUGAAGUCUACUUGUUAAAUGCAUUCAAUCCUCUAUAAUAGGCCGCAAGUAAGUUUAAGGCAACCAAGCGGAGAUGUAACACUUAUUUUGGUUUAUUUUGGCCAGUUCUUUAAACGUGCCUCCUUGUUGGUUAAAGUACCAUUUUACAGAAAUGCCAUAUUGCUUUUUAUUAAAUAAUGUGUUUGAUUUUCCUUAACUAUACGCAUAAGCUAUAUUUUGAACUAUCGCACGGCUAAAAUCAAUAUUGCACAGUCAUGUACGAACUACUAAACACCGUAUGGGGUUUCGGAAUUUAGUCUUACCCUUUCAAGCGUCUAAGUCACUUAGAUGUCAACACUGGCAGACGACAGUCAUGGCGACUUCUUGGCCUACAGGGACGUCGAGGUUUCACUGUUUCUAAGUGUGUUUGAGUGAUUAUGUAAUAAAACAAGUACAUAAUAUAUCAUGGGUGUCUGUGUAACAGUCCAGAAUUUUUCACUCUCGGUACUGGUAACCGACUGAUGUUCUAUUGCACUCGGCCAAAUAUUCUGACCAAUUGCACAGAUACGAAUUAUAUAUUUGUAUUAUAUUUACACGAUAAUUCUCCCGGUUAUACUGUUUUUUUUAAUUAGAUCUUUUUUAUCCUUGUCAUAAAUUAAUAUACCGUAUCAGUAUUUCUCUAUUAAUGAGUAUAAGCCUAGAUGACAUAUUUUGCAGGAACAGCGAACUUGUAGAAAAUGUUUUGUGAAUAAAUUUUUGAUAUAUGACAACCAGUAUAGGAUUUAAGUGUGACGUUUCUGUGACAACUGUCCAUUGUUAAGUAAGCUGCACUUUGUAUUGUAGCCAGCGAAACGUCACGCUUGAAUUAAAUACUGGUUGUGAUAUAUACUUUGAUACUUACCAAACUAAAGAACAUAUGUGUCAUAAGAAGGAUAAUGUAUUGUUGAAAUUUGAAUAAAUUUGAAUUAUUAAACUGAAUCAAUUUCUUUGUUUGCAAUUUGGAACAAUUACUUAUGUUGGGACAACGAGCCUCAUUAGUUUGAUACCCGAAGAUAGCACCAAUAAUAUAUAUCUUGCUCUCUUGGCAUGAUUGGUCAGAGGCGGAUUAAUUUGGGAUAUUAGUGAUGAUGGUAUUCUUUGAUUUUAAAUCAUUUUUGUUAACUGAUGAUUGUCAAAAAUGUUAAGAUAGAAUUCAAGCCCCAAACGUGAUGCAGUGUAAAGGAGACAUUAUAAAUCACCUAAUCAAAAAAGUGAAACGUUCCCAAAGUAUGUCGCCAUUUAGGAGUCAUACAACGUGUUCAUUUCUAUGCCCUACCGAGGAGUCGUCUAAUGUAACGUGUAUAAGAUGGUAAUAAAAAGUGUUAAAACAGGAAAAUGCGAAUUCGGUAAAGAGUAUUUUAAUAAAGUUUACACAAUAUAACAAGACAGGGGAGGUAACUAAGUGAUCAUCUGAGGUAGGACAACUACAUCAAUGUUGUAAUAAUAUCGAAGGUCUCUGUCCAUUCUAUACUAGAUACGUUCUUAAAACAUACCCAUCUACAAUUUCUUUUUAAACCUUCACCCAAUUUCAACUUAUGAUUGCUAUUAUCUUGCUUAACAACCGAAUGUGUAAUUUUCCCCCUCAUUCCUACAUCUUUGAAUUUUUUUGGUAGGAGCAAUGUCGAAUAAUUCAAUUUUUUAUCAAGACGUGUAUGUUUCAACAGUAUUUUUUUUUUAUUUGAAAAUAAAUAGAAAUUCUAGAUUCGAUUUUAGUUUCGUCUUUCCAUGACAAGCCAGUGAUGCUAGGGGGCACAUGAUGUGAUAAAUCCUUAAGGGCAGAAAGUAAAAUAUAUAUAAGGGACUACACAUUAUCUGCGAUAUCUGCUUCGCUGUUAGCGUCAGUAGCCAAUACCUUGUCAAUGUGACGUCAAACUGCUACAACAUUGAAGAACUAGAAGGAUUUAGAUUACAUUUCUUCAACAAGACGCUUGAAAAAACUAAAA